AUGCAGUUCACCCUCGCAACCAUUGCUCUUGUCGCCUCUUUGAUGGCAUCCGAGGCUGCUGCCAAGCCAGUCCUCUUUGCUCGCGACCAGGUCUGCGGCACCACCCCCGCCGGUACUGGCUCUGCCCAGCCUCUCUCCAGCCCUUCCGUAUCCACGGCCGAGGACUGCAAGGAAGCUGGUGAAAAAAUCAGCUCCUGCCAGAGUUUUGCCUUUGGCCUUCCCCCCAAUGCCAACACCCCCAUCUGCAAGCUCUUCUCCGUCCCUGCCGCUCAGGUUCCUGCUCAGCAGACCAACAUUGUCGUCUUUGAUCUUGCCUGCACCAAUGUCCCGACCAAGGCUCCCACUACAUCCAACCCUGUUGGCCUUCUCCGCCGCUCCCAAACCUGCGGUGCUACUCCGUCCUACUCUGGCUCAGCCACUCCUCUGUCUUCCCCCAGUGUUGACACUGCCGAGGAAUGCAAGGAGGCGGGUGCUGCCGUGAGCUCGUGCCAGAGUUUUGCCUUUGGUCUUCCUCCUAGCGCCGAUGCUCCUGUUUGCAAGCUCUUUUCGGUCCCCGCUUCCCAGGUGCCUUCUCAGGAGACCAACAUUGAGGUCUUUGACAUUGGCUGCUCCGACGUCCCCAACACUGAGCCUACCGAGGAGAAUCCCGUCGGUCUUGUCGACGACAGCACCUCUUCCACUCAGACCAAGACCACCAAUACCGCUAGCACCACCUCCACCACCAACACCAACAACCAGGACACCUCCAGCUCCAGCUCCAGCAACAUGUGCAACACCACCCCCACCGGUUCCACCAGCAACUCCGUUUCGCCCCUCAAGACCAACACUGCCAUCACCUCCGCCGGCGCCUGCCUCACCCUCGGCAAGUCCACCUCGGGAUGCAAGUCUGUCGAGUUUGGCAAGGCUUCCAGCACCGGCGACAACGAGUGCAGACUAUUUAGCGUUGCUGCCUCCAACAUUCCUGCCCCCACCAGCGGCCAGUCUUUUGUUGUCUACGACAUUAGCUGCUAA